AUGGCCCUCGCCCGCUUUGACCUGCUGGAACACCCAGCUCUUGAAUGUGUUGGAGAACGUCGUUUCUUCGUGCACAACAACCUCCUCGGCGGUUUGGAAGUCGUAUUUCCGGAACCAGUCAAUAAAGUUCUCCCAUCGUCCUUUAUUGAACGGGUGCUGGUUCUCCGGAAGCGGCAGCACGACUCGGAUGUUGAGCUGGUCUGGGUGUUCGACGUUGACGUACCGCUGGGUGUUGAUGAACUGGGCGUAUGUCUGGUCUCUAUUAAGUUUUGUAGGGAAAAGGAAGUCUCUCAAGGAUUUUCUUUUCGAGUACAGCUUGAACCUGUACUGUUUGGCCUUUCCGAUCUGGAGAAAGUCGACGCUGAACCCGUUGCAUGCAACCAUGAUGAUGGCAGCUGGAUGGAGAGUGUUUUCGGAGCCAUAGUUGAGCACAGAUCUGGAGUUUGCAAACGUGGCCACGUAGAUGUAGAUGAAGAGCACCUCAAAACACAUCACAAAGCACAGAAACCACGUGAAGUUGUUCUGGGCAAUGAUGGUGCCAAUGUACAGACAGUAGUGGUCGAACUUGGGGAUGCAAUGGCCGAGUUUGGACGAGUGAUGAGCCCGCUGGGUUUUGAUGGAGCGGCAGUUGGAGCACCAGAAAGGCAAACCAACCGAGUUGCACAAAAACAGCUGUGGAGGAUCAAUAAAAUCCGGGUCUGGGAUCGACUCUGGCUCUUUGGGGUCGAGUUUAUUCUGCAGAUACAGCUGUCCAUUGGAAUAGUAUUUGUUCAAGUUAUAAGGCGGCACCUUCACAGAGAUAGAGCCGGGGCCUUUGAGGAAGAUCAUUUUCCACGAGGCCAGCAGAGCAGAAACAAUAACCACUUCGCCAACUAUGAGACCAACAGCUGUGGAUUUAUGGCCAGAGUUCCAGAUUCCCUGUUUGCAAAUGACGUAGCAGAACGCAGGUUUUUCAGCUGUGUGUUUGUGGCUAGAGUUCUAGAGAGACUUUGGAAAUCGGAGUCUUGGGUGUUGAACAGUUUGUGGAUCUUUGUCAAGUCGGAGUUCUCCUGUAGAAGUUUAUCUGAAAUGUCCAAUGGUGUUCCUUUGACAAUAGAUUGGAGGUUCUGUUGGAUCAACAAGGGAUCGUCUUUUUUGUUAAUAAGUUUAAUAGCCAAAAGAUGUGGACUUUCAGAGACUCCAAACGUUUUCAAACACUCGAGGAUGUUUUUCAAGGGAGAUAAGUUGUAG